UUGCAUGUGGUAGGGAGGGGUGCUGGAUGACCUGUUUGUUAGGAAAUCCUGCUCUCUCCCUCUGGCUCUCCGUUGAUGGCCAUAUGAUAUGGCACAAGAAGCCUAGAGCUGCUCCGUGGCCACCAGCUGAGAUCUCCACUGGAGAAGAGAAAGGAAGGCAUAGACAGAACUUACAUAUUCGCGCUCUCUAACACACAGACACACAGAGGCACACACACUGGCACACACAUUCUUUCUCUUUCCAUCUCCACCCCCAACACAUCUGCUGUUGCUGCUGUUGCUGCUGUUGCUGCUGCUGCUCUCCGGAAAGUAGGAGCGAGACAAAGUGAUUCCUGCGAAAGAGAGCAGUUCUCUAGUGGAGGAAAGGCAGACCAAGGAGCAGAGCUGCACAACUUGGGACGGAGUUUGCCUUGCAAGGAAACCAGUGCUUCGUUGCCAAGGACAGGACAUCGGAGGAGAGCAUCACUCCAGGGACCCUUCAGGGGACACCUCCGUCCGCGUGGUUUUUGACUCCAGAGAAACUUCCAUCAUUACCUCCAAAAGCGAAGACGAUUUUUUAACCCUGGCCGCCUCCAGGCUGAGCCGCAAAAAAAGGGUCAUUGGGGCCGCCAUCGGGGUGGCCAUGGUGCUGGUACUCUUGGUGGCCAUCCCCUUGCUGGUGCACAGCUCCAAAACUACUUCCCACUAUGAGAUGUUGGGCAGCUGUCGCAUGGUCUGUGAUCCGUACACUCCCCAGACCCACGGGGCAGCUUCAGCAGAGGCAAGCCAAGAACUGGCUCUCAUCUCACCGCCGCCUUAUGUGCCUGGAGGGAAAGGAGACCCAGGGAGAAAGGCCAAAUCUGGAAUCCGUGGGCCGCCAGGACCUCCGGGGCCACCUGGGCCCCGAGGUGCAGCUGGAGAGCCGGGGAGACCAGGUCCACCGGGCCCACCGGGUCCAGGUCCUGGAGGUUACAUCCCAUCUUUCUACAGCCCUAAAAUUGCCUUUUAUGCAGGAUUGCGGAAACCACACGAAGGGUAUGAGAUCCUUCGUUUUGAUGAUGUGGUGACUAAUGUGGGAAACUACUAUGAACCAUCAAGUGGCAAGUUUACCUGCCCUCUCCCUGGCAUCUACUUCUUCACCUACCAUGUGCUCAUGCGUGGUGGUGAUGGUACCAGCAUGUGGGCAGAUCUGAUGAAGAACGGGCAGGUCCGCGCCAGCGCUAUUGCACAAGAUGCCGACCAGAACUACGACUAUGCCAGCAACAGCGUGAUCCUGCACCUGGACGUAGGUGAUGAAGUCUUCAUCAAGCUGGAUGGCGGGAAGGUUCAUGGUGGAAACACCAACAAGUACAGCACGUUCUCUGGAUUCAUCAUCUACCCAGACUGAGCUUUCCCGGCUCCAGUUUUUCCCUCCCUGUUUUGCCUCCCCAAAUCCAUUCCCCGUGAGUCGGCUUUUAUUCUUCUUGGCUUUAACCAUCUCUGUGGAUUCCCAGAGGCUCCUUCUGUAAGCUCUGGUCAAUCGAGGAUGAAUCAGAAAAACUUGGGAGACACAGCGAUUCUACCCUCCCCAUCCAGCCCCUCCUAUGGAAGGAGGGUGGGUGAUAUGAGACUUUCUCUGCAUGGGGAAAAUCGGGGAGGGGGUGGAAACAGGGUAAACUAUUAUUAUAUUAUGGUUGGUGGCCCAGUCCGCCAGAUGUUUAGACUGGAUUUGGCAUUUUUAUCCUAUUAUUAUAAUUAUUAUGAGACCUUGGUCAAUAAAAGAGUGUCCCUAAGAGAGAUAACUUCUAAUUUUGGAACUUGGGUACUUUGGAGGGAAAAAGCCCUUAAUUAAAUAAGAAUGAAGUCAAAUCCCUGGCAAAUUCUACAAAACUAAUUCUCUCUACAUAUAUACCCCUUCCCUAAAUAAAAGAAGGGGGAUUUUUGCCAGCACUCUGUUUCAUCGUUCACCAAAUAGAAGUCUUUGCAUUGAUACCCCUAAUAUCUUUCCUCAAAGAAGCUCAGGAUGACUUAUUACCUUACAAGUAUCCUAUGAGAUAUUUCCGUUUCAGAGUACCAGUUUAAGAUCACCCAACCAGCCUCAUGGCUAAAUGAGAAUUUAAUUUGGGUGUCUUAACUGAGAGUAGCAUCAUUUCAUGGGACUAUGCUGGCUCUGGUUGCUAUAUAUAUUUUCAAUCCUCCUGCCGUCUUUGAAACUAUGUUGAUUAGAGUGAGAUCCUUUUUGUGUGUGAAGGGGUUACAUUUCUACAAGAAUAAUCUGUUACAGAUUUGCUUUGAAUGCCAAUGGUGGGUAGGGCUGAAGACAUGACGGGCAGGGCCAAAACUGAAAAUGUGUGGGACCAUCCACCUCUCUUUAUCCAACAUCUCAAUAAUAUUUUUUUGUCUGACUCCCUUCUCUCUCUCUCUCUCUCUCUCUCUCUCUCUCUCUCUCUCUCUCUCUCUCUCUCUCACACACACACACACACACACACACACACACACACACACACACACACACUGUCCUCUUCACCCAUCCCGCCUACAUGUUCAAUUGCUGGUGAAGAGAUGCAUAAUCCUCAUUAAGGAUCUCAACUGAUGGCUAGCAAAAAUAGACCAUGCUUUUCCAAGUAGAACAGCCAAUGUGAAGUUAUUUGUUGGAUGGAGCACUUCAAGCAAGUUUUUGUUUCCGCAGUCCUAUUGGCCUCCAUAUAAUCUGAAAUAUAUCAGCAUGAGAAAACAUUCAGAUAAAACUCUGCAUAUGAGGCCAAAGUUUUCCAAUAUGAGAUUGUUCUAUUGAAAGCAAUUGGGGGGGGGAUCCUUUUUCAUUCAUCAAUCCUGCCUCCUACCUUGCUUUUCAACAGACAUUAGACAGUUUAACCUCAAUUCCUGUCAAGCUUUGUACACUUAUUCACAGAUUGUGGGCGUAGCUGCUCCAGAGGACAAUCUUUUGUUCACCUGCAUGAAGAUAUAUAAAUAAUGUGAAAAUAGACAUCAAACCAGUGGAGUCUGUUCCAUUUUCCACACAGUCCUUUUGAACUCAGAAAUGAGACUUGUACUAUCCUGAAUCAUAGAUCCUCACAUCAAAUGAUGACUCUAUACCGAACAAGAAGAGCAGCAAAUGUUCUCUUUGGCUGCCAUCCUGGAAUCAGCCAAAGGGCUGAUGGAUGGGUUUUGUCAUGUUCCUCAAAAACAGAACAGCCAGCCCAACAGGCAUCAAUAGAAGCUCGAGAUGUCUCACUCUGACCUCACUUUCUCCUUGACCUAUCCACCAAAGACUGCAUCCCUCUUAUCAUACUUCAGGUAUGUAUACUUGCCAGCAAGACAUCCAUAUUCAUUCUAGCAUUUGACUCCUUCAUUUGCAGAGCUGUGGAAAUCCUAUUCCAGCUACCUCCCCAACACAUGUUCAUAUGCACCAGAACAGCUCCCAGAUGCAAACGAAGUCAUGCUGCACCCAUGCGCUUCAAUAAGGAUGGAACGGAUUCAAGCAAUGAAGCAACUGGCUUCAAGUAGCACCAUGAGGGUUUGAGAUGGAAGCAAGCAAGAGAACUGGUGCCUGAAUGAAAUGUCGAACUGGUGGAGGACACAUCUUGUUGGCUGUUCUUCAGACAGAACAUCUCUUAGCCUGACAUUGCAAUCCUGACCUAUCCAACAGGGCCUUAUCAAUUAAAACUGCAUUCACAUUAAGCCAAAACCAUGGAAUCAUUUCAGACUGUUUUCUCCCCCAGUCCAUGGCAUGCCUAUAAUAAUUCCUGAGCUUCUGCAACCAAGUGCAUGUUGCCUUUACACUGCUUUGGCGUCUAGAACUUUGAUCAAAGCAAGGAGACAAGAUAGUCAAUGCUCUAAGUUGGCUUUACCCUGGGCGCCUCCUCCUCCUCCUCCUCUUCUUCUCACAACAAACAAAAAGUGUUCUUCAUUCCACACGUCUCUACAUGGUGGACAGCAAGACCAACAACUCUUUCUAGGUGUCAUUAUCUGCACUGAAAUAUGAAAACGUGUGCACUUGCACUUGUAUAUUUACACACGUUUGUAGAUCUCACCAUCUCUCCACAUGUUGUCAAAAAAAUUGUUCAGAUGAGAUUCUUGACCCCAUAAAUAGCAUAGCUGUUCAUGCAUGUGCCAAUACAAAUGAAAUUGUAAAUGUACUGUAUAUUUAUGUUUAUGUACAGGGCUAUUUAUUCAAAAUUUAAAGGGGGGGUGAAGAGAAGUUCAGUAGCCUCAGAGCCAAAAAAAAACAAAACAAAACAGAAUUAGCCGAACUGACUCAUGAAGCACUGUUAUAUUUUCAAGUACCAAAAGUGAAAAAGAUCUUGAGAGUUCUCAUGCUGCUUUGAGAUGUAUAAUAGAGCCCAAUGAAUAUAUGUACUUGUGCCUACUUGUGGUAGUGCUUACAAAUGCAGGAAUCUUUCCACUGUAUCUACAGGACACCCAUCACUUUUAUGUAUUUAUGCGUGUUUAUUUGAGGAUGAACAUGGCUGAGGUUGGAAGACCAGAAGGGAAUCUAUGAAAGGGAAUUCAGGCAUCUGCACACACAGACUGCACAUCCAAAGGCGUGAGUGGCAAAAGGUCUACAAUUGUGAGAGGCACGGCCAUAUCAUUGUUGCAUAAAGAAGGCACAUCCAUCCACACGUAUUCUAGUACACACACCUGUGAGCGCACAUAUUAUUAUUCAGCAUAGGCAUGUCUUGCAGAUUAAAGACCUCCAUUUCAGUUUCCUCUCAGCUAUCGAAGCCCCUUCUGCUUUCGUCUCUGAGCUCUCUCAUUCCUCAUCUUUUUGGGGACAGAGAAAGCGCUGUCUGCCUCCAAGGGCUGCAGUCCUGUUCUUAUUGCAGCCCUGUUAUUUGGCAAGACCUGCCCUGCAUGUCUGCUCUUUCUUUAGAGACCUAGGGAGAAUUCGAAUGGUGCUCAGUACAUGCUCUAGGAUAGUGUUUCUCAACCACCCAUGCUGGCUGGGGAAUUCUGGGAGUUGAUGUCCACAUAUCUUUAAGGAGCCAAGGUUGAGAAACACUGCCUGGGAAGAAGAAACCUGGUGAAGGUUCUCCAGGGCACAGUAUAACCUCCAGCAUCAGCCCAGCUUUGCAGCCAAGAAUAUACUGUAAAUCCUAUUGGGCCCAAUCAGCUCUGUGUCACUGAAUUAUCAGAAUCUGUGUUUUAUCAGUUAAUAAAGAUACUUUGUUUUUGA